UUUCGUAAAGUAGGUACCUACACUGUGUUUUAAUCUUAACAAUUCGAUUUAAGAGACAUUAUAUUAUUUUGUAUUUCUUUGUUAUUGAAUGUUGUAUAUAUUGAAUGUUUUAUUCUUUAAAAUUAAGUGUCCAUAAAUUUUUUUCUUAAUAUAUACAAAGCAUCGGGAAUGUUAAUACGUAUUGAACUGAUUAUAUGCAAUAUUAACUAUAAAAAUUCAAGAUGAUUUUCUCUGAUCGUUUUUGUCAGUGGAUUGGACAUUUAAAGUUAUCCCGUGUUGUAAUUUGUGUCUCUGUUAUUUUAUUCCUAGUACCUUUUGUUACUCAUUAUUAUUUGUCUAAGUAUGAAUCAACAUUGGGAUCUUUGGGCAGCAAUCCAAUGCGGCACACUUUGGAAGCCCUGGGUGAUUUUUCCACCAUGAAUGUGGUUGAUCUUAAACUUAGAAUCGAAGAGAUGCUUAGAAUCAAAGCCUCUGUGUCCACUGAACUGCGGGAGUUGGAGGCGCGCCGCAGUCGGUUACAGCGUGAGGCAGCUGCGGCCAGCGCUAAAGCAGAUAGUGCAAAAGCAGAACACGCUCGCGCCGCUGCUGAGCUGCAACGGCUACGCGUCUCCGCCGAUCAAGCACGGCUUGCACAGCUCGAGGCGAUUAGACGUGAUUCUCCUGAAUUAGCUCCUCCUAUACAAAUACUUCCAUCGCGACCGCCUCCUGUCUUGCCCACGGUGAGCUCCUCAUCCGAAGUCCAUUGCCGAAUGUUUUCUUGUUUUGACCAUUCCCGUUGCUCCUUGACGUCGGGCUUUCCUGUCUACUUUUAUGACCCAGAUAUCUACGCUCCACUGGCUGGGGCAGAAGUGGAUGGUUUUCUUAAAACAACUCUUCGUCAAACACUGGGCUAUAACGCGCACCUUACACACAAUCCGAAUGAAGCGUGCAUUUAUCUCGUCCUCGUAGGUGAAGCUUUUCCAUUCGACAAAAAUCCCUCGUCAACUACAGAAUCAUAUAAAUUGUUGCUGAACGAAACGGCGGUUAAGAGUCUUCCAUUUUGGGGAGGCGAUGGUCGUAACCAUGUAUUAUUGAACCUAGCUCGACGGGAGUUGGCAGUCGGCUCUGGUGAUGCUUUUCGAGGAGCGUCUAUAGGCAGAGCACUUAUCGCUCAGUCGACAUUUACGCACGAGUAUUUCAGACCCGGUUUCGAUAUCGUGACACCACCUGCUCUAGGUCCGCCAGGCGGUGACGUGUGGGUAGAUUGCGCACCUAUAGCACCUGCGAGACGCAAAUAUUUACUCAGUUUUCAGGGCUCACAACCUCCAGCAAAGGGCCGAGAUAGAGACCAAGACAAAAAUCUUAUUGAGUACCUUCAAGGAAUAGAGAAGGCUGCGCCCUCACAAGACAUGUUCUUUUUGCAAUUUGAAUGCGACCCACCUGUAGAACGACGUGCGGUACUGCACAUCGGAGAUUGGGCGCUUUGUGGUACUGACCGUUCGCGACGAGCGAUUCUACGGGAUUCCACAUUCGUACUUAUAUUAGCCCCUGCUGAUCGUGUCUACACGACAACUGCAUUAUUGCAAGCGAGGUUAUACGAAGCUCUAAGGUCAGGAGCUAUACCCAUUAUAUUGGGAGGUGACAGAAUUCGGUUGCCAUAUGAUGAAGUACUAGAUUGGCGAAGAGCGGUUUUAACAUUACCGAAGGCACGUGUCACAGAAUUACAUUUCUUGUUACGGGCCAUAUCGGAUGCUGACUUGUUGACGUUUCGGAGACAGGGUCGCGUAUUAUGGGAGAGAUAUCUCAGUUCGGUGCAGGCGAGCGUAGACUCUUUGUUGGCAACUAUACGAACUAGGUUAAACAUACCAGCACAACCGGCGGCGCCAACAGUAGGAUUGCCCGCGUUUAACGACUCAUACUCUCCACCGAAGUCAGAACCUCAAUUGGUGGAGGCAGAGCAAGACGAGACUUUGGGUCCACUCGAGGCACCAUAUUCGAGUCCUGCUUUUCGGCGGAAUUUUACUUUGGGAUUAUUACACGGUUACGAACUAUGGAACGACUGGGGCGAGCCGUUCGCAUUAUAUCCGCAGUUGCCGUGGGACCCAGCGGUGACAUCGGAGGCGCGUUUCAUGGGAUCAGCUGCAGGCUUUAGACCGCUGGGUGCUGGAGCCGGCGGGUCCGGCAAGGAGUUCAGCGAGGCACUAGGUGGUGACCGUCCACGUGAGCAAUUCACUGUUGUCAUACUCACGUAUGAACGUGAGGCAGUACUGGCUGCUGCGCUGACGAGACUUAGAGGCCUUCCAUAUUUGAAUAAGGUGGUGGUGGUGUGGAACGGGCCGUCGGCGCCGGGCGCGGCGACGUGGCCGGAGAGCGGUGCGCCGGUGGUGGUGGUACGCGCGGCUCGCAACUCGCUCAACAACCGCUUCCUGCCCUUCCACCUCGUCGACACCGAGGCCGUGCUCUGUGUAGACGACGACGCGCACCUCAGGCACGACGAGAUCGUCUUCGCGUUUAGGGUAUGGCGUGAGCACCGUGAUAGGAUCGUAGGAUUCCCCGGCCGGUACCACGCAUGGGACCUCAACUACAAUAAUGGAUUCCUCUACAAUUCAAAUUACAGCUGUGAGCUGAGCAUGGUGUUGACGGGCGCUGCGUUCGUGCACCGCUACUACUUGUGGGCGUACUGGCGCGCGCUGCCCGCCGCCGUGCGCGAGUACGUCGACGAGUACAUGAAUUGCGAGGACAUCGCGAUGAACUUCCUCGUCGCGCACAUCACCAGGAAGCCGCCCGUUAAGGUGACUUCAAGGUGGACAUUCCGCUGUCCAGGUUGUCCAGUAACGUUAUCAGCGGAUGAAACACACUUCCAUGAGAGACAUAAGUGUAUUCAAUUUUCUCUCAGGUAAGGAAAUAUUAUUAUAUAAUAAUAAUGCAUAAUGCAGAUUUGAACAUAGCUGCCGGUUUACUACAUUUUUUAAUGGUUUUUGCAUGUAUGUAAGUAUAUCCAAAUUUAUAAAGCAAUAUGUAGCCUAAAAAUUUUGUUAAAUUUUGAUAAAUGAUGUGUCUGUUAAUUUGUUAUUAUUAUUGUAAUGAGAUUAUUACGGACCACAUAGUAACGGUAUAAAAUGAAUAUGGCGGCCACAAAAUGUACAGAACUCAUUUUACAGUCUCUGACUUUAUUAAGUUCACUUGUAUAGGUAUGACUUUUGUAACAUUUAUUUCUAGGUAAUGGGAUACACCCCACUCAUGUCAACGCAAUACCGCGCCGAUUCGGUGUUAUUCAAGACGCGGAUACCCCACGAUAAACAGAAGUGCUUCAAAUUCAUAUAGUGCUGUUACAUGAAAUCUUUGAUCGACAAUACUAUGAGAACGCUAUUUAUAUCGAGCGCGGUUCUUCAAUGAUUUCGGAGAAAUCGAAUAAAAUGUUUACCUUUAUAUAUUAAAUGAUUGUUAAUUAUAUAAAUAAUUAGUUGAUCCCGCGACUUCGUGUGUAUAAAGUUACUUCAUAGUUUUAUACAGUAUUUUUCACCGUUAUUAUUUUACGCCAUCAUUGUUGUUAAGUAGAUUAAAUAAUAUACUUGCCACUAGAUGGCUUUGAUAAAAUAAUAGUUUUAAUCUCUUUGGAAAAUAUUGUUUAAAAUUUUUAGUAGUCUAUACUUUGUUUUCAGUUUCGUGUUUUACCUGAAAAUCUAACACAUAGAUACAAAAUAAAAAAAUUCUGUUCAGUAUCUAAUUUCAGUUUUAGUUUCCUUACCAUUUUAUUAUAUGUAAAGAAGCUUACAAACAAAUACAAAAUACAAGUAACAAGUUCUAAACGUUGAAGUUAAGGGCAGUUUUAGAAAAUAUAAAAUUGAUUCAUAUGUGAUUAGUUCGGUUUUCAUUUAUUGCGUAUAUACACACCAUUUUGACAAUAAUAGAAAUAUUGUGAAAUGCUUUUAACGAAAUAAAUUUUAUUUCUUACGAUUCGUUGUGUUCAUUUGUAAUAAGUAAAGAGACGGCUAGGUAGCUAUUUUAUAUAGCAGUGUUUUUAUUAGUUAUUAUUCAGUAGUAAUCUAAUGUCGAAUUGUAUGAAAAAUACCUUAUUUAUGUAUAAUUUGUAUUUUUAGGUUCUUUUUAUUUCCCAAACAUUAUUGUUACAUAAUUAAAAAAAUAUAUUGAAAGGGUUUUAUUAGGAAAAAAUAUUAUAAUAAACUAAUUGUAUCUAUACGUAAAAUAUUGUAUAACGAUACGAAAUAAUAGGAUCAAUAUAAAUAUUUGUACAGAGUAUUAAAUUUGUAUAGAAAAAUAUAAUCUAGUAUUUUAAAUAAUUUCUGAAUGCACUUCGUCACUGUGUCGCUGUUACAUUAACUCGAUAUGGUGAUAGAUUUUAUUGCUGACUGUUGAAACGAAAGUAUAUUAUGAAUGUGUGAUGAAUGAUGGGUAUGUGUAUUGUGUAGUAUCUAAAAUUUAAGAGCACUAGUCCUUGUGUUAUGAUUUAAGACUGAUUAAACAUUUGAGUAGUUUAGAUUCUUCGUUUAAUAAACAUAAUUAUUGAGGAUAUAAUUAAAAAAAAAAAAUGUUUUACUAUGAUCUUUCUGCCAUGAACAUAUCCUGGUUUACGUCUUCUAUUAUUCUGGAAUUUGCAGAAGUUGUAUGAAGUGUAACUAUUAAGGUUAUUUUUGUUGUAAGUGAAUAUACAUAUUCUGUCUAAAUCGAUUUUUUGAAUUGUUCUUUUGGAUUGCAUUUACAGGCAAUUUAUAUUAAUACUUUGUUUAGGCUAUAUGUUAGUAAAAUGUUGUGUGUGCUAUUAUUGUGUUACUUUGAGGUGUAUCGGGAAUGUAUAACGAGCUGACGAUAGGUACAAGAAAGUGUUCAACUUUUCCCAAAGAACAAUGGAUGAAAUAGAAUAUUUUUGAGACUUUGAUAUUAAUUCACCGGUUUGUGUAAAACUCACAUUCAUUGACAAAAAUUCAGUUUGAUAACUUCACACAUUUUGUUUGCAGAUAGAGUUUCUUUUUAUAUAUAUGUACCUUGUCUUGUGCUACGUAUGCUGCACUUUUGUUCGACGAGAAAUAAUUUAGAGCAUAAAUUUUGGUCCGGUCAUAUAUAAAACUUCUAAAAUGGCAUGUAACAUAUAUACAUGUGCAAAAAAAAGCUUGUGUAAAAAAGAAAUUUUGUCUACGACAUCUCCAUCGUCUGUUCAGAUCUUUUUAAAUUUCAUUGAUAAAUUUAUAUGCUCUUUACAGUUUAUAUAUUUUUACUAUAUAAUUAAAUCGAAUAUAGGUAUAUACUGUAAAACAAUAUGAAUACAUGUUGUUAUAUAAAUUACAAAAUUUAAUGAUAGUAAUUAAUCGAAAGCUUCAAAUUUGAUGAAUUAAAUAUUACGCAACGAACAUAAUUUUAUGUUAAUUUGUGUUUUACAGUUGUUAAUAACACGUUUAAGAAUAAAUAUAAUUGUUUGUGUGAUUUUCAUUUGUUUAAGUAAUUUUGUAAGUACACUUUAUUUAUUAUCUGCAUGCAGAAUGAUUUGGCACAUUUGGAAAUCUGGUAGAGCCGAUCAAUACAAUCAUAAAGAUGGAUGAUGCAUGUUUCUACCUCAAUUAUAUCAAAAUUAACUGUGUCACUACUAAAUUACUUGUCUUGAUGUUACAAUUAGCACUGUACGAGUAUGUAAACCUCGAUCUACUCUAAACUUUUUCAAGAGUCCUGUUUUUGUCAAUCCUUUAAAAUUUUUUUAUAUAAAAUGUAACAUAUCGGUAUCAAACUUUUUCUGAUAUCAAUUAGGUAUUCUAAAAAAAUAUUCACAUAUGAUGUACAUUAUUUGUAUGAUACUUAUGUUUUUUAGUUUUAAAGGACCAAUAAACUAGUUGGGUUUAUGGGAUGGUAGGGUUAAAAAUUAAAUAAAGACGUGCAUAAAUGACUAAAUUAAUGUUCUAUAUGAAAACGAAAAAAUGAUUUUAUUUCUUAAUUUUAUGUAAAUAGAGAAUGGCUCUACCGAUCGUGUGCCAAAUCAUCUCUUUUAUUAGCUUAAAUUUUUAUUGUGCCAUCUUGAAUUAAGCUUCAAAUUUUACCUCAUGCAUCACAGUAUUUACUUGUAAGUUAUGUUUAUCUAACGCAGUCUUUUUUUAUUUGUAAGUUCAUAAGAGGUUUUGGUUUGGGAAUAAAUAGAUUUUUCAUUAAAAAGCAGAUAAUUCAUAUAAGUCCAAAAUAUUAGUUAUGACAUUAAUAUUUUCGUUAAAAUGAAUAUUUUCUCGCCAAGUAGCUUACAAUGUAAGCAGAGAGAGAGAGAGAGAAAUUUGUUUAAAAAAAUUUUUUGUUUGUUAUGUUUAUGAUAUAAUAUUAUAAAGUUGAUAUCAUAUUUAAUCCCAUUUCAUCCUCUACAGUACUUUAUGAAUAAAGUGUAUUUAUAUAUAAAAUUAUAUCAUGAUAAAUAUCUAAUAAUAUGUAUGUACAUAAACAGGAAUUUUGGUUUAUAAUCACGUAGACAUUUGUUUUUAAAUUGAAAUGUUUAUUAGUUUAAUGAUUGCAGAAAUGAAUAUUUAAAUAAAUGUACAUAAUUUUAUUUGGCAUGUUUUUAUUUAACACUGUUCUACUUAACGGCGUAAAUAUAUACAGAAAGCAUUGUGUGCAAAAGGUCUUUAUUCUCAAAUACAUCUCUUGCUUCAUGUAACUCUCUACUGACUUCAAAAAGAAGGAGAUUCUUAAUUCAGUUGUACUUUAUUAUGUUUGUUACCUCAUGACCGUGUCAGUUGUAAACCGAUUUACAAUUUUUUUUAUGUGAAUAUACUAACAGAAUGGUCCCAUAAAUGUUUUAUCAAAAUCGGUUCAGUAAUUUAGUUUUUAAAUUAAAAUAGUAUCGUUAUUCGAAAUUAAUUCAAGUCGGUUUUUUCGUGGAAUACAUUUUUAAUUAUGGACUUGUUUAAGGUAAAUGCGCCGGUUCCGCAGACUUAAUUGUGACUAGAAUUGUGUAACAAUUAUUAUAUUAAUAUACGUACUAUACAUAGUUACCUAUUGUUAUUGUGUAAUAAUACUACUACAAAGAAAAUAAUACAUGCAUAUCAGGUAUGUUUGUCCUUAAGUUAGUCAUAUGUUUCAUAGUACUGCGGUGGUCGAGGGAAUUGAUACAAUAGAGUAACCGCAAUGCGCUUCUGGUGUUAAUUACUUAAGCUACUGAUGUGAUAAUAUUACGUGCCCCGUGUAAUUGUAUAUCGCGCAAACGUGACAGUCGUAUUAACCCGACGCCUGGUGUAAAGUGUAAUCCUCACAUUUAUAUAUUUGUCCUUACAGUAUUCACAUAAAGUAGUUAUGUUAUAAUAACUGCACAUUUUAGGUAAAUACUGAUUGUACUUCGAUAUUUUGUCGAGAAUAAUCAAGUAUUGUGGGGACUGGGUCCCUUAAUGUGAGUUAUAAAAAAAAUAUGUUACCGUUUAUGUCAAUAAAUUUGUUUUUAAAACAU